GUUUUAUAAAGAGGACCAGAGACUGGAGAGUGAAAAGAACUGGAGGGAAGAGCCCCCCAACCCAGCCCUGCUCCCUCAGUUUCCCAGGAUUCUCAGAGCGGAGGGCACAAACUCUGAAGCUCUUGCCUGGUGGGACCAUGAACUGGCAGCGGCUGUGGCUGGGCUUCCUACUCCCGCUGACCGUCUCAUGCCGGGCUGUGGGGCCCGGAGAGAAGGAGGCAGCUAUGGAUUACUUGUUGCGAUAUGGUUACCUACAGAAGCCUCUAGAAGGACCUGACAACUUCAGGCCAGAAGAUGUCAUAGAGGCGCUGAGAGCUUUUCAGGAAGCAUCUGAGCUGCCAGUCUCAGGUCAGCUGGAUGACGCCACAAGUGCCCGUAUGAGGCAGCCCCGCUGUGGCCUGGAGGACCCCUUCAACCAGAAGACCCUUAAAUACCUGCUGCUGGGCCGCUGGAGAAAGAAGCAUCUGACCUUCCGCAUCUUGAACCUACCGUCCACCCUACCAUCCUCAACGGCCCGGGCAGCCCUGCUUCAAGCCUUCCAGUAUUGGAGCAACGUGGCUCCCUUGACCUUCCGCGAGGUGCAGGCUGGCUGGGCUGAUAUCCGCCUUUCCUUCCAUGGCCGCCACAGCUUGUACUGCUCCAAUUCCUUUGACGGGCCCGGGCGGGUCCUGGCCCAUGCCGACAUCCCAGAGGUGGGCAGCGUACACUUUGAUGAAGAUGAGCUCUGGACUGAGGGGACCUACCGGGGGGUGAACCUGCGCAUCAUCGCAGCCCAUGAACUGGGCCAUGCCCUGGGGCUGGGGCACUCCCGAUACGCCCAGGCCCUCAUGGCUCCCGUCUACGCUGGCUACCGGCCCUACUUCAAGCUGCACCCUGAUGAUGUGGCUGGGAUCCAGGCUCUCUAUGGCAAGAAGAGCCCAGAGAUAGAGGAGGAGGAGGAGGAGGAGGAGGAAGACACGGCACUCCCUACUAUACCCCUAGUGCCCACAGAACACAGUCCCAUGCCAGACCCCUGCAGUGGUGACCUGGAUGCUGUGAUGCUGGGGCCCCGGGGAAAGACCUACGCCUUCAAGGGAAACUAUGUGUGGACCAUGACAGAUUCGGGAUUGGGUCCUUUGUUCCAAGUGUCUGCCCUCUGGGAGGGGCUCCCAGGAAACCUGGAUGCAGCUGUCUACUCUCCUCGGACCCAAUGGAUUCACUUCUUUAAAGGAGAUAAGGUGUGGCGCUACAUUAAUUUCAAGAUGUCUCCUGGCUUUCCUAAGAAGCUGAAUAGGGUAGGACCCAACCUGGAUGCUGCUCUCUAUUGGCCUAUCAACAAAAAGGUGUUCCUCUUUAAGGGCUCUGGAUACUGGCAGUGGGAUGAGCUGGCCACUACUGACUUCAGCCGCUACCCUAAACCAACCAAGGGAUUGUUUACAGGAGUGCCAGAGCAGCCCUCGGCCGCCAUGAGCUGGCGGGACGGCCGUGUCUACUUCUUCAAGGGCAAACAGUACUGGCGCCUCAAUCAGCAGCUUCAAGCAGAGAAAGGCUUUCCCAGAGAUAUCGCCCACAACUGGAUGCACUGUCGUCCCCCAAACACCACUGCAUCCUAUGGGGACACUGAUUCCUUGGUUACAGGCUUAGACCAUUCAGCCACAGGAUAACACUGGAUACCAUUUCCUUGGGCCAUAGAUACACGUUGAACUCUGGCGGCUCACCCAGAGAUACAAUCUUGGACGUUAUCCCCUCAGUCACAGACGUCAGAACCCUUUCAUUCCCUGGUAAUGUCACUCUCUCAGAGGCCUGAGACCUCAAUCAAAUGUCUCCUGCAACACAAGCAUGAACCAUGGACCUCAAGUCUCUAAAUGACCCAGCUCCAGUCACCACCUCCCUGUACUCUUUCCCUCCUGGUCAGUGACUCUGACUCAGCCUCCAGCUCCGUCCAUUUCUCCCCCAUCCUAAACAGCACUUCCAGCUGUGUCAUUUUCUCUCUGGAGGACAUUGGUAGAAGAAAGGCAUCCAUCAGGCAUUUAGCUGACAGCAGGCCCCACCUGGGAAUGCCUGGGUCCUGUUCUUCCUAGAUAAAGAACAAGGAAACAGCAUGGCCAGUAAAAUGAGCAAUGGCUUUGGUAUCCUUGAGAAUCACAUCAACUUGCUUAUGACUUUGGGCAAGUUAAUUAACCUCACUAAGCCUCAGGUUUCCCAUCUGAAAAUUAAGGUUAACACCAAUCCUGCAGAGUUGUUGCAUUAAAUGAAAUACUGUGUGUGAAGUGCCUGGCACAUUUGUGCUUAAUAAACGUUAACUCCACGUUCA